UAAUUCUAUGGGCUUGUGUUUCCAAAUUUGGCUGCUUCAAUACUUGUAGUACAAUGUUUUUAUGGACAGCUCACCAACCCAAACGGCCUCAAAAGCUCACUUUAUUUGCAGGAAUAUUAAGCAAGACAGAGUUGCAUAGGGGCCAUGGCUGCCACCAGUUUCAUAGCAGCGUCACUUCUCAGAAGGGCAACUCUGCCUCUGGGUUCUGCUCUCUCGCAUCCUCUCAAAACCAACAACCUCUCUCACCACACCACCCUCCUCACACCUCCUCUCACUCCUCGUUUGACUUCUUCAGCUUCAGGAUUAUGCCAUUUGGCACAAGCUGUAAAGGGUGAUGUUGCCGAGUUACUUAAAAGUGUUGGAGACAAAACUGUUAUUGAAGAAGUGAAGCGUAUUCUUGAGAUGGCUAGACGUGCAUCAUCAAGAAGAGAAGUUCUCCAUACGAACUUUCUCACCCCUCCGGUGAUAAAGGAGUCAAUGCUAGCAUUGAUGAAGCUAGCUGAUUUGAAAGCAGUUUCUCAGGGUGGAUACCCGCAGGCUGAGCGUUGCCGGAUUUCUGUUGGACAUCCAGAAGUAUUGACAAGUGAUCCUGAUAUUAUUGCAGCAUUGAGUAUCACAGGAAACUUUGGGUUCCAACCUUGUUCUCAUGGAGACUUCCUAGGAACGAUUCUUGGUACAGGGAUUGCUAGGGAGAAGGUUGGAGAUGUCAUCUUACAGGGGGAGAAGGGUGCUCAAGUCAUUAUUGUUCCAGAACUCAUUGACUUUCUUAUGACAUCACUUGACAAGGUUGGUAAUGUUCCAGUAUCUGUUACUAAGAUACCAUUGAUCUCCAUUGAUUACGAACCACCAAGUACUAAGUCGUUCAAAACUAUAGAAGCAUCAGCGAGGAUUGAUGCUAUAGCUAGUGCAGGAUUUAAAAUUUCACGGUCGAAGCUAGUUGACCUGAUCCGUGAUGGGGAUGUGCGCCUCAAUUGGACCCCUGUUACUAAAAAUGGAGCUACACUGAAGGCUGGUGAUAUUGUAUCUGUAAGAGGAAAAGGAAGACUGAAGAUAGGAGAAAUUAACACUACACGGAAGGGGAAGUUUGCAAUAGAGCUCAUUCGUUAUUUGUAAGUUUUAAAACGGGUAUUGACGGAACAUUUCCAUUCUUGGAUUUUUAGGUCAAAUAUGGGAGCUAACUUAAAAGCCAGAGGCCUCUUCUAAAGAUAAAGAAUAAACAUGUCUUUGUAUUGAAAUUUGGGUUUAUUUGGAAGUUCAAAGAUGUACAUAGUUUUACUCCUCUAAAAGUAAUAUAAUACAUUCUUCGUUGUA